GUUCAACAACACUUAAUAAAGAUAAGCACAAAGGAUAUCAUCGUAUGGAUUGUAAAAAGAUCCAAAUCCUACCUACAACCGGCUCUCUUGAUUAUUUUACUGAUGGAAGAAUGGCUGUACGUUUUCAUGAAUCUACUAAAGAAAUGAGCUUGUGGUUGAACGAUUUAAAGGAUGAAAUUUUCAUCCCGUUCGAUCAGCUGACAGGAUUCAGAAUUGCAGAAUACAAAGAACUUGAAGUCUCUCUCGUACCUAACUUUCACAGAAGGUAUUAUCAAAACCUCGUUGAAGUAAAAGGAGAUCCAACCAAUGGUUUGUUAGAAAAGGCGACAGCAUUGAUCAUUAUACCACGUAAUAAUAUUCACGUUGGGUAUUUGACUACGAUUGAAGAAAUUAUUGAUAAGUAUAGAUUUAGCAUAUUUUUAACUAAUUACAAAAUAUCGAGCUUCCAGGACGAUACUGCUAAUUCAAUUAAUGAUAAUGAGAUAUAUGUGAAAUUUUUCAUGUAUGUAGAACGUGGGGGAGUUAUCGUACCACAAGACAUUAGUCUGAUUGCAUUAAUACAAACAAUUUCAGAAAAAUUUAAGUUUCAUCUUAAUUCUGACCGGUUAUCCUAUAAAAAUGGGGCGGAAGUUAUUAUUGCUAUUAGAGAUGAAGAAGAUUGGAGAGUUGCUAAAUGGGAAUCAAGAUAUUCUAAUAAGAAAGCUGGUGUGGAACUUUAUUUCAUUUGA